AACUGAGCCGAAAGUCUCCCACCAUGUAGCGCUACGAACUGACCCGAAAGUCUCCCACCAUGAAACACUGCGAACUGACCCGAAGUCAGCCGAGUGCAACCGAUCGGCACCAAGAUUUGCUGUCUCGAGAGAUAAGUAAGACAACAUGCAUCUUUGGUUUGAUUUGAAAGUCGGGGGAAGGUUUGGAAGCACCAAUCAUUUUCCUUGUGGUGGUGUUUGAAUGCGUGUGAACAAUGUUGUGCUGUGAGUUUCUACUACUGGCUUAUGAGGACAAAAUCUGAUGUAGAGGCGUUAAAUAUCUGGACCUCAGCGUGUUUCGCUUGUUAUAUUGUCAACAGGCAUCCGGAUAAUCUGCAAAGAAAUCAACAAAAUGGCAGAAGCAUUUUUACUUCAGCAAGGACACACAAGGGAAAAAUUGAUGGAAGAAGCCAUGCAUAUUCAAAGAAUCAUUCCAGAGAGAAAUAUUGAUGAAAUAUAUUCAUCACUUGAAACUUUCUUUGAUGACCCAAAGAGGGUACAGAGAGUUGUGCUCAAAUUUUUAGACCAUGUAAGGGAAGACAAAGACACUGCUGGUGAGGCCACUGAAGAGUUACCUAAGAGAGCUAGGAAAAGAAUCUAUGAUGCUGAUCAUAAUCAACCAUCUACAUCAGGAAUUCCACCAAAAAAGCCUUCUAAAAUUAAUGUUAAGAGUGAUGCAAGUGAAGACAACAAGACUGAGAAUGUUGGUGUGUCAACACACAGUGAUUCUCGUCCAGCAGAGAGUGACAAAGUUACCAUAGCAGAUGGGCUGGAUGUAGUUUUAGAUCAGUGUAAUUUGGUGAAUAGAAGUGAUUCAGUUAGUGAUGUUAGUUCAGAAAGUGACAAGUUUAAUGAAAUUAAGGAAUAUUUGUGGGAAAAUGAAGGAUUUGCAUUCUCAUCUGAAGAUGAACCUGAACUUUCUGAUCCAGAUGUGAUGGAUCCUAGUUCUGAACCAGUUAAGAAUGUCGAUUCAAGACAGAGGGAUGAAGUAAGUAAUGAACCAUCAACCUCUUUUUGGGAUCCUACAGUUCCAAGACAUACUGGAAAUGGAAAUCAUAAGAACACACUUGACAGGAACCUUCCAGUUGAUUUGACACUGCCUGGGCCAUCUACUGCAAACUAUGAUGAUUUACUUGCUCCUCCUCAACUUGAUGACAGCGAUGUUGUAUGUAUUGACAUUAAUGGGGUGGAUGAUGAAAAGAAACAGGCAUAUUACAAUUCUCUCAUUGAAAUUUUCCCUGAUGCUCAGAAGGAUUUUCUGAGAGCCAUAUGUGAUAAAUGUUCACAAGAUGCCGACUGGUUAAGUAAUGCUAUAUCAGGUUUAUUGGAAAAUGGUUACCCCAAAGCUGCAGAUAGCAGUGAACGAGAAGGGGAGCAAGCAGCAAACCAGAAACUUUCUGGAAGAACAGAAGAAGAAAAGAAAAUGAUAAUAGAUGAAAAUUAUACUAAUCUGCUUGCUAUAUUUCCAAAUGCUGAUCCAACUUAUAUAAGAGAGACCUGUGAACAGAUUGCAGAUGAUGAAGACGCAAUGAAAAAAUUUGUUAGUGACACUUUAGAAAGUGGCAAGUAUCCAACAUUAGCAGAGUAUGAGGAACGAAUGAAAGUAAUGGAAAUUAGAGAGAAGUAUCUCAAGAAUUUCAAAAUUGAAGAGUUUCUGGAAAUUUUUCCUGAUCCUUUUAAGUACUUCUUUGAAGAAAAAAAAAAUGAUGAAAAAGAGUCGGAGUUAAGUUUAAAUUACCUAAAAUCCCGUUACAGAAAAAUACGUAUAGUAGUUUUGCAAGAAUAUUUGAUGAAAAAUAAAUACAGUCUCACUAAAGCAUGUGCAGAGUUAGACAAAUGCCGAAAUUUUAUGAAAUCAAAGCGUGGUGAACAUGAAAUACAGUACAAUGAAAAAGAUAUGAAGAAUAUUCCAUUUAUGCAGGAGGUAGCCUUUAUUGAAAACAAAGAAAAGAUAAGAAAAUAUCUAAAUGAAAAGGAAUUGAAGAGAGUUAAAUCAUUCAAAAAGGCUAAGGAAAAUAAUGAGUCUGAGUGUGGUUGUUGCUACGAUGAUGAAGUUCUAGCAGAGGACACUGUCACAUGUAUUGAAGGUCAUAUAUUCUGCAAAACCUGCUUGCAAAAAUACGCUGAAACCCAAAUUGGAGAUGGAAAAACUAUCUUUACAUGUUUAAGCAAUUGUGAUGCAGAGUUCAGUCUCAAGAUGUUGCAGGGUGUUCUCAGACCUUCAGUUUUUUCAAAAAUGUUACAAAGGAAGCAGAUAGAAGAGGUUAAAUCAGCAGCUAUUCCUGGCUUAGAAGUAUGCCCAUUCUGUGAUUUUGCUUCCAUUCCCCCAGAAGAAGAUAAAAUAUUUCGCUGUCUAAAUCCUGAAUGCAUGAAAGAAUCUUGCAGGAAAUGUAAAGAGCUCAGUCACAUACCUCUGAGAUGUGAAGAAGUUGAGAAGCCUGAAGAAGUGAAGAUAAGAACUUACAUUGAAGACAGGAUGACACAGGCAUUAAUAAGAACAUGUUGGCGAUGUGAAAAAAAAUUUAUCAAGAUUGAUGGUUGCAAUAAGAUGACAUGCACCUGUGGGGCUCUAAUGUGCUACAUUUGCCGCAAACCUGUAAAAGAUUACACACAUUUCAAUGGAGAAGGCGGUACAGAGUAUCAUAAGUGCCCACUGUUCAGUAAAAACGAUGACCUACAUGUCAAGGCUGUGGAAGAAGAAGCAGCAAAGGCUAGAAAUGAGGCUCUAGCUAAGAAUCCUAAUAUACAAUUGAAACAUGAUCCAACACACAUACUUCCAGAACGGACUCAGCCAGAUGUUCCUGAUCGACAUAAUGUUCAUUUUGUGCCAUAUAAUGGAAGAUAUCCAGUUCAUGUGAAUUUACACUUGCCAGCAGGUGCAGCGGAAAUUUUGCCAGCCCGCCGUCACCACAACGUACACCCUCCGCCAGGUGGUGCAGCUGAGCUGAAUUGGCUGAAUCCAGUAAUUGCUGUAGGUCAGCAACGUUUCAUGGUAGCCCAGGGGCCUCAUAUUGUGGUGGAAGGACCCAGGCACGGUGCCAGGCUAAUAGUUCCCCCUGGAAUCGACAAUGGGCCAGAAGCGCAAGGACAACAGGACAGGCCUGCUGUGAGGCUAAUAGUUCCCCCCAGAUUCGACAACGGGCCAGAAGCACAAGGACAACGGGACAGGCCUGUGGAACGGGUUCCGCUGGCCAGACCGCCAGUGGGACAGGGUCAGCAGGUCGUGGCAAUGGCACAGGCGGUAGUGGCAGCAGCAGUGCACCAGCAGCAUGCCAGGAUGAUAGAAUUGACGCACGGUCACCGUGCGAGGGCGGCAGAAGCGGCGCACGGUCAGCGUGCGAGGGCGGCAGAAGCGGCGCACGUUCAGCGUGCGAGGGCGGCAGAAGCGGCGCACGGUCAGCGUGCGAGGGUGGCAGAAGCGGCACACAGUCAGCGGGCCAGGGCAGUAGAAGCGGCACACGGUCAGCGGGCCAGGGUGGCAGAAGCGGCGCACGGUCAACGAGACAGGGCGGCAGAAGCGGCGCACGGUCAACGAGACAGGGUGGUAGAAGCGGCACACGCUCAGCGACCCAAAGGAGCAACACAGCGUCAUCAGGUUAUGCUGGUGGCAUCAGCAGGAGGGGCUCAGGCUCUGCAGGCCUGGCAAGGUGCUCAGGGACAGCAGGUGAGGUUGGCAGCAGCACAGGGACAGCAGGCAAUGCCAGCAGCAGCACAGGGACAGCAGGCAAUGCCAGCAGCAGCACAGGGACAGCAGGCAAUGCCAGCAGCAGCACAGAGGCAACAGGCAAUGCCAGCAGCAGCACAGGGGCAACAGGCAAUGCCAACAGCAGCACAGGAGCAGCAGGCAGUGCCGGCGGCAGCACAGGGACAGCAGGCCCGACCUGUGGUGCCGCACCGUCUGGUUAGGCGAGCAGCGGAGGCUCAGAGAGGCAGUCCCGUGGCACACCUCCUGUUAGCAAGAGUUCAGCGGCAGCUGCCACCACCUGCAGAAGGUCAGCCUGCAGCUCAGCUGGAAGUUCCUCUAGUCAACCAUCCUCCACUGGCAGCUGAUGACUUUGUUGCCCAGUGGUUAGCUGCAAUUCCACCCCAGCUGGAAAUACCAGUCGCUCAGGAUCAACAAAGACCACAGGAACCUUUGCCACAUUAGAGAGGACAAAUUGUCUUCUUAAAAAACUACAAUUUUAGUAUCUGAUAGGUGAAUAAUUUUAGACAAUUUGUGCCAAUUGUGUUUUAAGUUUUCAUCACAUGUUCUUGUUGUUCAGAAUCCUAUUACUUUAUUAUCUGUGUCCCCCUAAAGGUUAUGUGCUGUAAACCUGGAAUAACAUCACGUUAUUCGAUGAGUGUUACUGAAUAAACCAGUAUGUUACUUACAUAGUGUGUUUCCUGUGUGGAACCAGUGCAACCUAUACGGGCUGAAAUGGACCCUAGUCGACUGUAAAAAUAUUGUAUACCGUCAGUAGCAGCUGUUUACACAACCCAUUUAAGCACAAAAAUUUAACAUUUUUCUGUGAAUUCUCUCUCUUACAUAUACAGCAAAGAAUGUUAAAUUAUGUGCUGUGUGAUUCUCUCUCUCUCUCUCUCUCUCUCUCUCUCUGUGUGUGUGUGUGUGUGUGUGUGUGUGUGUGUGUGUGUGUGUGUGUGUGUGUGAGAGAGAGAGAGAGAGAGAGAGAGAGAGAUUAGCUGAAAGAGCUAAACACAUUAAUAUGUUUUACUGAGAAUGUAUAAAAAUAUUGUAAAUCGGCGGGGGUCUCUCAGUUUCUCGAAUAAUAAAAAAAAAAAAAGAACUUUGUGUCUCUUUUUAAAUAAACACCCUGUAAAGCUUUUACUGAGUGACUUCACUGUUACCAAUUCACAUAUAUGUAUAUCCCUUAUUACUAAGUUGAAAGUUAAAAGAUACUGAGCAAAAGUCUAUAGAAAUCAUACAGUAUGAUUUUGUAUAUAAUAUUCCAUAAUUUAAUGCUUAUUUGAAAAUGGUUCAUUCUGAAAUUUAAAUUGUCAUUUUAAGAAUGAUUUAGCAGAGUUAACUGGGGAUCCUCUGGUAUAUAUUUUUCAUAUGUAGCACAACAUGUGAAGGUGUCUUGCCAAAGAAAAACUUGUACAGUGUAUAUUUAAGGAAAAAAUACGCUUAGAUUGUAUUUUAUGUCCUGUGUAUGUGCGUCUCUUCCCCCCCCCCCCCCCCCC